CUCUGGCCCCGGAUGAGGAAGUGCAGUGGGGAGGGAGGGGAAGACCAUAGAGACAGCGAAGCGCUAGCGGCCCGAGCGCCCCCCCCCCUCCACCACCACCCCGGGGGCCUCGGAGUUGGAAUCGGCGGGGGCUGCGUAUGCCGGGCCCGGCUUGGCAGGACGGUACGGGCCGCGGAGCAGGCCGCAGGUGUGAAGCGGUCGAUGUGAAGGACUCCGCUCCGCAAUCUCAUCUGCCCUCAUGCUGUCAUCUGGAAUAGAGACUCAGCCAGUCCCGCUUGAUUCCUCCAUGUCUGCCGCGGUGCAGGAAAUAUACUCCGAGCUUCCAAUAAGUGUCUCCAAAGAGCUUCAUGUGGACCCUGAGCCCAGUGUGAUUCCGGAUGUCAAACCUGGACUGGCCAGAUCUCUUACAAGUGAGAGGAGGGCAUUGCCCUUGGAGCUGCAGAGGACUCAUGCAGAAACUUGUAGUGAAGAAACCUCUGAGACUUUGGAUCAUGGGGACAAGACUGGGCAGCAUGGGCUAGUGGACCCCACAGCAAGAGAAUCUGUGUCCUCUGGGAUCUUGGAUGGGGAAAAAAGAACCAAGAGCAUGGAGCUAAAGGUCUUCAGAGAUCAAAAGGACCAGGCGGAGGUUAUCAGAGAUCUCUGUGAGAGAGCAAAGGAAGAGCCAUGCCAACAUGCCUUGGCCACUAGAGCAAAGAUCAGCCCAAAGCAGGAGAAUCUCCUGAUGCAAUCCAGUAAAGAAAUUUUAUGUACAGACCUCCCUGAAGAUUUUCUAAGGAACAGAGAAGGAAAUGUACAGAUUACAACAGAAACUCUGCCAAAAUCUCCUGGAGAUGGACAAGGUAUGACGGUCAGUGGGACUGAGAUGGAUAGCGAUGGACACAAGAACAGCUAUGUGAAUAAAGGUCUCUCUACAGGGUGCAGCGAAUACCCAGAAGCAGAUAAAAUCAUGACCAGUGGUGCAGUUUCAGAAGCCAAAACUUUAGUUUCUAUAGAACCUUUAAUCUGUGCGGACCCUCAAUUUAUAGAAGCUCCAGGGCGUGGGGCCGUUUCCCGAAUGGGCCGUGGGAAGGAGGAGCUGUGUAGUCUCAGCCAGAUCUGCAGAGCAGAUGACAGGCACCAGCAAGUUCUUGGCCACCAUAAGGAAAAAAGCAGAUGUGCACAUGAUAGCGCCAUGGCCAUGGGAAAUGGAGAUGCCAGAAAGCCCUUGGAAGAAGUUUCAUAUUUCACACCAUAUUUGUCUGGCCCAGAAUCCAGAACAAAACCUUUUGAAAAAUGUGAUCUUGAAGGGAGUGGUUUGACCAAGGAGUGUGCUGAACAGCCAUGCCAAGAAGAUCAGAGCAGGAGCUCAGCUUGUGAAAGACAAAGGGAAGACCAGCUUGGGGACAGGAGCAGUAGAGGGGAGCUCCUUGUCUGUAGUGUCAGGCAGCAAGAAAAGGACGGGGCCAGUGGUGGUUCUGAUGAAAAAGAGACUGCUGAUUUUCCAAAAGAACAGGUACCUAGUAACUGUUGCCUUCAACAUAAAGGGAGCUCCAGUUCUUUUACUGACGCCACAGAAAUAAUGUUUAAAAAAGGUGAUCUGAAAAUUACUUUAGACGUUGAAGAUAAUUUGACAAACUCUGAGGACCAUAGGAAAACUGUUACUUUUGUGAGCCAUCCAGGCACACAUUCUCAGAAAAGCAGCUUUGAAGAGCCAGCACAGCCAGCCAUGAUGUUAAAUGAAAAGAUUUGCGGCAAAGACUGUACCUCUUUAGUUGGCUGCCAGAGAAAUCUGCAAAGUGACACUCAACCAAAUGAGUCAUCAUGUAAUGAUUUUCUGUCUGAAAGAAGACACCAUGUGAAUUUAAUGUCAGAAGAUCAGAUAAAUUCUGUACCUAAUGAGUCAUCCAAACCCCAGAAAGAUCCUGUUCAGUUACCACUGUCUCCAAAUGUGGCUGAUAGACUCACACCAGAAGCUGUACAGACCUCACAGGACAGUGUCUCACCUUCAGAUGAACAGAUCAUUGCCUGUGAGAUGAGAGAACGUUCUUGCACCAGUGAGCUGGUUAUAUACAAAGUCGAAGAUGAAUGUGGUUUAAAUCAACAAGUGUCCCUUAAUUCUCAAGACCAUGUGACAUUGUCAACUGACUCUCUACUAAGUAUAAAGAGAGAAAUGCCUUUAGCGACAAAGAAGGAUGCUCUGCAGGGCCAUCCUCCGCCCAUAGAGAAUGGAGCAGAUGUCAUCACUGGCACCCAGACCAUUCUCACAAGGACCAAAAUGGAAGACAUUUGUCUGCAAGGGGACAAAAUGUGUGACACCUCUUCACAUGUAAACUCCAAACCAGGAAGCCCAAAAGGGCGUAAAGAAAUGGCUGAUUCAGGAACAGAGGGUCUGCUUCCUAGGUUCCUCUUAAAUGCAAAAGAAGCUGCUAGCCUUCCCCAAGAAGUCUUUGUCGCCGAAUGUCAAAAUGUUCAAUCUCAGGAUCUCUCCAGCUGUCUCUGUGUAAGAAGAAAUGCACCUGGGGAGAAUGUGUGUUCUGCGCCUUCUGUUUUUGAACACAGCAAAGUCAUCCUGAAUGUCAACAACUUCAAAACAUUAAAAUGUGAAAAUGCAAUUCAGUGUCAUGAUCCCCACUGUCAGGGGUCAGAAGACUCUGUGGGCAGUGGCUCCCAGAGAGUAAGCAAUAUGCUAGAGGAGAGGGAACCUGCUAGAAGAGAGGUUGAAAGCAGUGUUCUGCAAGGUAACGUUAGAAGUGAAAUGGCAGUGUGUGUGUCAGAGAGUACAGCUUUGAACACAAGCACUCACGCCAGCAGUGGCACAGAACGCAGUGGGGAACAGCCAGGUACGAAGGAACAGUGCCCACAUAAAGAAACUGUGUUCUGCAAAUGCAGCAUUCCUGUUUGUGCUACACAAGGAUUAAACCAGUCUACAGACAUUCCAAGGCCAGAAACAUUACCAGACCAAUCUCCACCUAUUUUCUCCCAUUUUGAAACUAUGAACCAAGGAGUUCAAACACUUGAUCAGAAAGCAGAUGAUGUCCCUGUCUGCCAGACUAACCAAAAGAGACCAGAUAAACACAGAAGUGAAAUUAAAGGUAGGCCCACUACAAAGACACUAGUUGGUAACCACAGAGAGUCCCUCAAAGAGCCUAACAGAGAGAGAAGCCACAGUGGAAAGAAUAGGAUAGUAAAUUCAGGUAGUAGGAACGUGCUGUCUCAUGGUGGUUCAAAGAAAGGGGAUGGCAAAGGAGCCUUUGAAAAUAUUCCUGGUUCUAAAAAGCUCAUGAAUCUGCUAGGUACUACCUGUGCAGACUAUAGAGAGAAGCCUGCACGAAGUGUGCCAGAUAUGAAAGUAUCUAGUACACUUGGUUGUUGUACAAGGCAAGAUGGACCAGCAUUCCAGGAAACCUCCAGCAGUGCCUCGUCCCAGAGAGGACUCAACACUACGUUUUUGGGAACAACUGACCAAGACGCAGGUCUCCCAAGUGCUGCUGCUCCUACCGUAGAGCCUCUUAAAGUGAAAGAAUCACGUGCAGAGAAAGUGUGCAGAUUUCCUAAAGACUGUGCAGCUGAAGGGUGUCCAAAUUCUACCCUUGCCCACGAGGUGGACUCUGUUACAAAUCAUGAACCAGAUAAGAGGGUGCUAGAUAGAAGUGUGUCUGUAAGUUGUAUUCAUCAUGAAGACCAAGCUAGAGGAGGAUCUCUGAGAGGAACCAGAAUGACUGAAAGAUCAAGACUGGAAGUAAAUUCUGAGUGUGGCAACAAAACAGCCUUUGGAAUAUCCUCAAAAGAGCUGGUGUCACCCAGGUGCCAAGAAGACAGCUUAGCUCCCCCACAGAACCUAGAACCCAUGGAAGGAAGGCAUUCCUGUCUGUCUGCUCAAGAAAAUUCAGCAACUGAUACUCAUGGUGAAGAACUAGACCUGAAAAAUAUUUUUAAACCAAAAGAUGAUGAACUACCUUGUGAAAACAUAAAGGGUGACACACCACUGGCUGAGGUUAAGGAAGUACUACCAAGGGCUACAUGUUCUCUUACUGAAAGAGCUAGCGUGCACAUGAGUGUGGAAAAGAACUUUUGCAAAGCUGCCCCCCCUCUUGAGAAUUCCACCGAUAAUCAGUUGCCUUUGACAAUGGAAACAGCAACCAAAGUGAGUAGAGAAGAGCACGGGGGACAUCAAAGGGGUUCACCUCACCACUUAACUGUUGAAGAACUGGAGGAGGCCGCAACCAGAGAAGGUAGGGUUGAUAACUCGCCUGCGAUUUCUCGGACUCACCUGCAAUGCCGGCGGGUCCGUGGUGCUGCUGCUGCUGUGGACCAGGCGUGCUCGCAGGCCGGGGAGCCCGCGCGUGUUAAAGGACCCCCACGUAACGCAUUGCCAGGUGAGAGGCAAAUCAAGAGCCAACCUGUGGCUGCCGAAGACGAGUCUAUCGAGAUGAAAGAAAGCACCCUGGCAAAGCCGGAGAAAGGCACCGUAGCUGAACAGCGUCCGAGGCUGAAAGACCCAAAGGAGGAGCCCUUCUGUCACCCACUGCGGGACCCUGAGCUGAGCACAGGGCUCCAUCUGCCUGAUGCCUCCUGGAAAGAGCCAGCCCCCUGCCCUGCCGAGUGUGAUGAGGCCCCCGGUGUCUUUGGGAGCGCCUCCUCUCGGAAGAGAGCGCUUCCCUUAAAGAAGCAGCCCCAUCGCACUUGUAAGAGAGUUCCCUGUCAAGAGCCGGGCCGGGUGGGAAGAAAAAGAAGUAACAGCAGAGGUUCUGCCUUUGGAAAUAGUUCUGCUAAUCCCAUCCCCACUAAAGCAUACAGACUUCUCAGCCCCGGUGCUGCGCCCGCGCCAUUGGAGCCUGAAGCAGCGUCUGUUAGGAGCUUGCUUAGCCACAUACCAAAGCAGAGGGCUACUCUGUGCCGUUCCUUACGGAGCCUGAGUUGUAGGAAGCCUACCAAAGAAUCCGCCUUACUGACCAGGCUGUCCAUCCUUGCCUCCAAACUAGUCCCGGCCCCCAAGCCCCAGAAACUCCGAUGUCGGCGGUAUUCCUCCGCGCUUGUUCCCGCGGCGAAAAGUUACAAGCACCUCAGAUACAAAAGACUCCUGGAUGGACUUUCAUGCAACGCGGCGCAGCUGGGUCCGUAUGUGGCAGCUGGCGGCUGGGACAGGAGGCCUAACAGUAAGCUCGUCGUACCUUACUCUCCCAAAGCCGUCAGGAUGGGCCUCAUAGAUCUGAGCAACAAGUUGCCGUCGCUGCUGUUGGGCUCCGACGCCUUUCCGUUCUCCUUUCACGUGAAACCGGCCUCGAGCUGCGUGACCGUGACCGAGUCCUCGAGGACUUUCCCUGAGCACUGUGCUCCAGCGAGGCUUGCCUUAGGAGAGGCCUUCCAGUGCCAAGCGCGGCCCCCCAGGUGGGCCUUUUCUCUCUUCUUGUCCCACGGUUGCUCCGGGAUGGCCACAUUCAGGGAAGAGCCUGGCCUCCGCAGUCAGGCCCACACUCAGGCUCCUCCACAGACUGCAGCUCCUCUCCUCGACUAUGGAGACGCUGCCAUAGUCCAGCCCAGAGCAGAGCGCUCUGUCCUUGGCCUUCACACACUUCUAGCACUUUGUUCCCCAGGAUGUUACCGAAUCUGGACAAAAAAACGGAGCUUUUCUAAUCACAUGCCCACCAUGCAGAGACUCUUCUUGACCCAAUUUACACAGGGCUUGAAAGGACUAAGGUCUCCAGCCUCCAUAGCAGACAGAGUCUUCUGUUCUCUGCCCUACUCCGUGGGUAGAGUGCUGUCUGUCUGGAGCCAGCACGGACCGUCCUCCUGCGCCUUCGAGUUGCCUGCUCUUCAUUCCACUUACAAUAGACAGCAAAGUCUGGGAACCACAUGCAGUCACACCAUGUUACCAAACGUGCCUCUUCCUGGCGUGGAAGUUCCAUGUAACGCCAGCAGCGGCCAGGCGAGGCUCGAGCCACCCGUCCCUGCCUUGGUACCAGCGUCUUGCCUGGUAAAAGACCCUGCUGUCAGUAAGCGCCUGCUCUCCGCCUCCGAGUUCCCGGUGCCUGGCUUUGAUGAGCUGGAUGGCGUGACAGCAGCGCGUCCCCGGCCACAGAGCAGCCCUCCGGAGCAGAAAGAGGUUGAGCCAGAGAAGAGACCAAAGAAAGUCUCGCAGAUUCGCAUCCGGAAAACCAUUCCUAAGCCAGAUCCUAACCUUACCCCAAUGGGCCUGCCUCGACCCAAAAGGCUAAAGAAGAAAGAGUUUAGCUUAGAAGAAAUAUAUACAAACAAGAAUUACAAGUCUCCUCCUGCCAACAGGUGUUUAGAGACCAUCUUUGAGGAACCCAAAGAACGAAAUGGUACACUAAUCUCAGUCAGCCAGCAGAAGAGGAAGCGAGUUCUAGAGUUUCAGGACUUUACAGUCCCCCGGAAGAGGAGAGCUCGGGGUAAAGUCAAGCUGGCAGGCAGUUUCACCAGGGCCCAGAAGGCAGCUCUGCAGGGCCAAGAGCUGGAUGCGCUUUUGAUUCAGAAGCUGAUGGAACUGGAGACCUUCUUUGCCAAGGAAGAGGAGGAGCAAGAGCAGUCAGCAGGCUGUUGAGAAGCAAAUCUGCUUCUCAGUUUCAGAUCUUUUCAAACCUCUGUAGAAGAGGUUCUCCAGUUCUGCCCUAUGUCCAAACCACUCAUGAUGCCCAGUCCGUGAAUUUUUACCUGUUUCAUGGGGCAACCUUUUAAGAAACUGGUGAAGAAGGGUCCUCUACUUCUACUGCUGAGUAUAGAACCUCAGGAAUGUUCCCUUUCUCCUGGGAAUGGUCCCAGAUGACAUCUGACCACCUCCUUCUAGUCUCUGCCAUCCAUAGGAGGAAGAAGCCGCGCAUCUUAAGCAACACUAGGAUUGCAGGGACUUGAUAUUUGCACAUCCACAUGAAAGUUCCACUUCGUAUAUGGUGGUGCUAGACCAAGAUUACUUAGAAACGUGGCCUAGGGGAGGGGACCUGGCCUCCCGUCCUGUGUUUCUCACUGGCUCAUUUCAGAAAAGAUGACUGGUGUGUUUUCUGAUCUUUUGACUUCCCAGAAUCUGUUACUCUGGGCGUGCUUGUAUGUGUGCGUGUGUGUGUGCGUAUGCGUGGCUUUUACUCCUGUCUGUAACUGUGGGUCACUAGUGCCAGAGGAGACCGUCCAGGCCCCAAUGUAAGUUGCACUUUUUAAUGCUGUAGUAUUGACGAUUUUCACUUUUAUUCUUUUUUUUUGUUUUUCUAUUAUUGCUGCAUGUUUGGGGCCUUUAAAUGUGAUUUUAAACCAUAUUUUUUAAAAACAUUAAGGAGAAAGAUCAUACAUGUCUUAAGAGACUAUAUAGCAGGCAUUUGACUAGAUGACCAGGGCGUGGAGGGACAUUUUCCCAACUCAAGUGUUUCAGGUCCCUCCCCAUCUCCAACUUCUAGUAUAGCUCAUUAGAGGGAGCACUUUUUUCUUCUGUAUUUUUAGUCCUGCCCACUGAGUUACAUGUAUUUGUUUUAGUGACAUAAGUAAAGGCACAUUUCUUCCCCCGGUUAUUAAAAGAAAAAAGGUUGAAUGUGGUUUUAUCAGAACUGUUGGUGUUUGGUGGAGUUGGGAGUAGUGGCUCAGGUAGUAACAGAGGCUCAGCCGGAGCGUUUGUUGCUGUCAGUGUGGCCUGCUAUAGGAGUGGAGCGUAGGCUAGACCUGGCGAUGCGUUCUUGCAGCAUGAUCCUAGAACUCUACAACCAGCGCUGCCUGAGAAUGCCUCACGUACUCUGCUCCUGUUUCGAGUCUAUGGGAAAUGUCGGUCCACCUCCCGAAGUAACUCAGUUCUGGGGUGGGCCUGCAGGAAUCUAGGCAGCAAGAUGCUGCUGUAUCUGGCCGCAGGCCACAGGUCUCAUUCUUUCCCAGAGACUCUCAUCUGCCUUUGCCCUGCUCGCUCCUCCCCUUUCCCUCUGGUUUCUCUCUUCUCAGUGUUGCCCUUCCAGUAAGAGUUCUGAGGUGUCACUCCUUCACCAGUAAGUAAGAUGCUUAAGCCAGUCUUAGGACAUGGCUCGGCUGCCUCGUCCCCUCCUCCGAGCCGCAGCUGCAGAGGGCGCUGUCAGCUGCAGGCACGAUCCCCGGCUGCCUUGGAGAAGGGUGAGUGGUGUGUCCCAGAGUGUUGGCUGGCUUCCUAGGUUUCUGUGGUGCCUGCUUUGUUCAUGGGUGGCGAUGAGAGGUGUGGCUUGGAGGUCUCCAUGUGCCUUUCCUUUGUAGGUUGCCAGUCUGUGCCACACUGGAACUCAAAUUGACAUGAGCAGGGAGAAGAAAAAGUGCCAUGUCUGUUUUCAGACCCCCUGCCUCAGGUGUUUCAACAAGUGAGAGAAACACCUGGACCCAUGGUGGCUUCAAAGGCCCAGUAAAAUUAGAACAGAGCAGAUUCCCACACUGGUUCUGAAUGGUGGGGCCAGCGUCUCCUGUUUUGUGUACAUCCACUUUGCCCAGACCGUAAGGAUGCACUUGGGCUUCCCCCAGCACCCUCCCUCUCCUCCCCCGGGCUUCUCGCUGUCAUUGUCUGCAGGGAGUGGGAUGAGUGGUGGUGCACAGUGCCCUCGUACAAACAUGUCUAGGGAGCUCCUAUUGGGCAUCUUGCAAACUAGCAAGGGGUUGACAGAGCUGUUUACUGGUCCCACUGGCAGUUUGGCACGGGCAGCGUGGUCACCCAGCGCACCAAAGGUGCUGCCCGUCCCUCUGUGGUUAUCACCAGCAUGACAGACCAUUCAGAUCUGCCCGUUAGCAGUGUGGCUUAAAGGGGAAAGGAUCCGGGCCAUUGGCAUCUCGGAACAGAGGAAUAGAAGAACAGAGGCCCAGCUUCUGCCUUGUCAGGGAAUGUGGGAGGGAAGCUGCUAUGAGGUUCACCCUACCUUGUUCUUGCAAUUCUUGGCCUACUCUUGGGCAAAGGCCCUUCCCCAGCUUCAGGGUUAAGAGAACUGGGCCCCCAUCGCAAACUUAUUCAGCUGAAGUUGAUCCACUGGUUCUAGCUGAGCUCAGCCACACCUGGCUUAGCAUUCAGUUCACACUGACCAGCCAGCCUUAUGGCCAUCACUGUCCUUGGGACGUGUGGUACAUGACCACAGUGGGAGAUGUAAGCUGGUGGCAUGGCACCUGCCACAGUUACAGGAGGUAUGUUCUGUGAUGGCAUUUGGUAUAGUUUUGAGGAUGGAGUUCCACCCCAGGCGGUGAGAAGUGUUCAUUAAGUACGACUUACUCCACUAUAGCUCACGUCCAGAAGUUGAAUGUUUUAGUGAAAAUAGAGAGAGAGAGAGGAGAAAUCUCAGGUCCAAUCAGGGUUCUGCCCAUUUUCUUUUCCAUCUUUCUAAUUACACUAACCUUCCUCAAAUUCAUGUUGGUACCUCUUUUCUAUUUGUUUUUCUUAACUCUACAGUCUCAUGUCUCCAUCAGUUUGGAUGUACCUCAUCACCUGUGAAAGCAGCUUGUGUCUACUUUCCCUUAUUGUCCUUACCUUAAGAGCUAGGCUGAGGGAGAUGAGUGAAAAGAUAUGUAGCGUUUGCCUUACUUGGAGCCUGAAGAGCUCAGAAACUCAUGCUGUGAAUCCUAAAACUGUGCUCCUCCAAGAGCUGUGAAAAUCAUGACUUUUUUUUUUUUCCACGAUUUUGCCUGAAAGGGUCUUUUGUGUGGGCUCCAGAGCCAAUCUAAGGUCAAUUCCGGAUCCCAUUCUGGACACCCUUCCCCUGCCCGCCAGGCCCAGAGCCGCAGCGAGUGUGCGGGACGGUGGCAGCAGGUCCGGGGCUGCGGCGCAGCCACGUGGACACAGCCCUCGCUCGCUCGCUAGGCCGGGGCUCCGUCGCAGCUGUGCCAUGCGCAUUAAGAUCGCAGAAGACCAACUUUUAGGCAGUGAUACUUUUCUCCCAUUACUUGGGAUGGGGGAGGAGAGUAUGCAGUUGGUGCUUUCUUGAAUACCCUUGUCUUGUUUCUUAGGUUUUCCCCUGGUAUCAUGGAAAGGACCUUUCAAAUGACCAUAUUGUAGGUGGCUGUAUCCAAAGUAGAAAUGAUUGGCCCGAUGUGCAGAGUGUGCUUGCCCUGAUUAUCAGGAGAGGACUCCUUGCCUGAACUGUACUUCUGUAUAGAACUUGCCAGCAAAAGAGAUGUCGUUUGUUAAAAUCAAACCUUAAUACUACCAUCUAGCCACACAUGGAGCAGCAAAAGCUACUUUGAUGGUGACGUGAGGGGUCCUUGUGCAGCUGUCAUCCAGUACAGCAUGCUCAGAUUCCAUACUUGCUAAUAAUGGUCUUCACAAGCCCCUGUCUGGUGCUGAAUUGGGUUUGAAUUCCCAACAAGAGGCCUCCACAUCUCCUUCCGCUGAGGUCUGGACCAGUAAAUAGCUGCCUCAAGUGUUCCUCUACCAUCAUGGUCAACAGUAGAAUGAAAUUUGUACAUCUUUGGUAACAUUAGCAUACAUGAUGCCCCUGCAGUUCCUUUUCUGUUUGGUAGUUUGUGACUAAAAUGCCCACUGUUAUGUGUAUUAAUUUAUGAAAAUAAAUUUUUUUUGAAAACCUUUCA